CAUUAAUGAAGAUGGCAAAGAUUGAGACUCUGAGUGUCCAAGAGAUACACAAGAUGUUGCAAGAGAUCAUAGAUAAGAAGGGAAUCGAACCCUCUGCCCUCUUCAAUGAGGUGAACUCCUCCCAAAUCCCAAAGUCUCUUGCCCGCCACGUGGCCUGGGAAAAGGAAAUCAAGAACAGAGGAGUCAAACUGGGCCAACUCAAAAAAUUGUACUUGGACUUCGCCAAAGACAUCAACAUGGAACAGAAGCAGAAACAGAUUGACGAAUUACAAGCAAAGAUAUCAAAAUUGGAGAAAGAAAAACAAGAAUUAUGGAAAGAAUAUGCCAAAGAAUAUCCAUCACCCGAGUCUCUCACAAUCCAAAUUGAUGAAGAAACUGAAGUCAAGAGCUUUGAAGAGUUCUGUAACCUCCUGUCAAAUAAACACGGAGAAUUGCUGGAAAAAAUCUUGAAUACUUUCAAAGAACAAAAUAAAACCUUAAAAGAGGAAAGCCAAAAUAUCGACAGACUUGCAGAAGAAUAUUCGGCUGCAAGAGAUGAACUAGACAAAGAGUCUUUAUCUAGAAUGGAAGCCCUCCUGCAAAGCUUAGACCAGGUACUCAAAGUCAAAGUAGAAGAGGAGACAAAGUAUGAUCAAAGAAAGGCCUGCAGAGAACAUCUCAUCAGCGAAGGCUUCAUCCGAGAGCCCCAAGAGGAAGCAAAGGAAGAGGAUGUGGUGGGCUCAAAGUCUCAAGAAGGGAGUGAGAACAAGUGGCAUAAGGAGGUUGAGCAAUUGGCAGAGAUGAUGCUCCAAAAAUUUGAUGCAAGUCAAGAAUAUAAUGAAUACAUCGAACAUCUUGAAGAACUGAGUACCAAAGCAAAAGUGACAUUAAAAGAUUUAAAGCAAGUUCUUUGAGACAAAUGAAAGAGUGCUUGCAAGAAUUUGUCAAUAAUUUCAGGAGAGUACAUUUCUCUCGCUCAGGAAGUCAUCGGGUUUAUUAUCGGAAAACAAAAGAACACUUUCGAUCAAGAAGUUAACAUUAUUUACCAGAGCUUGCUCGAGCUAUGAAGAUUGGAGCAAUACAAACCCUUGUACAAGGACUUUAUCGAGGACAUGGAAGUGAAGCUUGGGAUAAAAGAAAAAGAUGAGGGGGAAUACCAAGACAAAGAGAAAAAUAAAAACAAGAAAAACAAAGACAAAAAGAAAGAGAAAACGAAAAAGAAAAAGAACCACAAAGAAAACAUAGAAAAUUCAAACCAUGUUAAGGCUAGAACCCCGAGGAAACCUGUAAAGAGUUCGAGACAACAAGAGAUGAGGGAGACUGAUUAUUUUGAGAAAUUGAAAGACCGAAUCAUCGAGGCUUUUGAAAAUAUUAAUCAAACUCUGUGACACAAAGAAGAUAGAAAAGCUGUCAAAGAAGAAUUUAGAGACAUUGUUGAACUUUCAGAGAAUUCAACUCUUUUCGAUGAACACCACCAAGCUGUGGUAGACGAAUGCGACAACAGAGGCAAACUCAUCCAAGAAUCUGCGAAAGUGGUCGAAGAAACAUCACAGGUCGAUAAGAAGAUAUACCAGGUUGAAGACGAGAAGAACAACACACAGGAAUAUAUUGAUAAAAUUGAAGAGUACAAUCAGAAUGCAGAUAAAUUCACAGCCCAGAAAGAAUCCUUGUCCAAAUUUAUUAAAGAAGAAUCCAAGCCUUGUAAAAAGGAAAAAGCAAGACUUGCAGAGGCUGCUGACAGACUCACCUUCAUAUACCAUGAUACCAGAAUCACCGUACGCAAGAACAAUCUUAUAGAAGAGGCAGUGGAUGCUAUUAUCAAUCCAGCAAAUGAAAACCUCAGACAUGAAGGUGGAGCUGCAAGAGCUAUUGCAGACAAUGCAGGAGAUGAAUUCCAUCAAGACUGUGAUGAGUAUUUACAAGACAAUGACUUCUUAAAACCAGGAGAUGCAAUGUAUACCAGAGCUGGAGGCAGCCUGAAGUGUGACUAUGUAAUCCAUACAGUUGGUCCAAGAUUAGAGAAAAAUAGAAAAGCUCAUAAGGCAGAGUUAGAACAACUGAAGAGCUGUUUCAAGAAUAUUUUGAGAAUAAUGAAAGACAAAAAUCUAUAUGAUAUUUCAAUUCCAGCCAUUUCAACUGGGAUCUUUAACUUCCCUUUGAACAAAUGUGUUCAGAUUUGUGGCCAGACAAUAAAGAAUGCCAUUAGCAACGACCCAGAAGCGUUUAAAGAUAAAGAAAUCAUAAUCUGUAACUUCGAUGAAUCAACCACCAGAGCAUUUGAAGAAGGACUGCAAGGAUGUAUCUACGAAACCCCAUAUGGAGACAGUGACGAAGAAUCAAAAACCAUCACUGAUUUUGAAACAACACAACAUGACCUAGAAAACAGUGAAGACGAUUCAGAACACAGAGAACCCAAGAAGCCAAGAGGUGUGAACUCAAAAAAAGACAACGAUGAGAACGAUUCCCAGAUGCUAACUAGUAGAUUUAACGAUGAAAAAUCUGAAACAAGUGAUUACUAAUU